AUCACCAGAGUUCCGCAAGAUGUAAACAACAUAGUGAUUUGUAAACAAUAACGUCGCCCGCGGAUUUGUAAACCAGCUAGCUUGAUCAUGUUUUUAUUUUUUUUCUAUUUGAAGAUUAGUAGCUAUGGUUCAGAAGGUGGGAGGUCGUGAAUAAGUUGAUAUGGUUAGUUAGUAAGCGCGUUGUCUGGGUGAACGAUAUUUUGUCAUGAGAAAUCUGACAGCUCUAGCUAACGUUUCCUAACGUCGUUAUCUAGCUAACUAGCUAGUAGGCGCUAGUUAUUUUCUAGCAAAUUCUUACUAGCUACAGCUGUAAUGUAGCUACUGUGCAACCAAGUUAUCUAAGCAAACAAGUUAAUAUCACUGAAGUCACUAGAAGGUAAGGUGGAACAAGACUUAGCAAGCCGCACACAACUAGAUAGGUAGCUAGCUGGUAGCUGUUAAAGGUGCAAUCUGCGUUUCAAACAACAACAAAGCAGGACCCCGCCAUUCAGAGAUUGAGUGUUUAAUAUUCACAUGUACAGGGUUGCAGGUGUGAUUGCAGAGUACAGUGAAAAUCUUAGGCUCAGAGCUCCAACAUGCAGGACUAAGUGAAAUAAAAUAAUGAAAAUGGUAAUAAAAAACAACAACAAUAUUAAUAGAAAUAGCACUAUAUACAUCAUGACUGUAGCAGUGAUUAAUAAAUAAAUAUCCAUAUGGGUGGAGGCAGACUAAAGACUGUUGAUGGGUGGGGGGGGGGUGAUGACCAUAGGGGGAGCAGCAUGACCAUUGAGGGGGUGUGUGGACCAAGUGAAAUAAAAACAAUCAAAAUUAUAAUCAAUAAAAAAAAUCUAUAAUAUACAUAUUAACAACUGCGUCAGUGAUACAUGUUGUUGGGGUGGGGGCAGAGUAAAAGUCUGUUGGGGGGGGGGGUAGCUGACUAGUGGUGGCUAGAAACUAUUUGCCAGUCUUCCAGUUUUUGCCAUGAUGCUCCUGUACUGCCCGUGUCUGAGUGAUUGAAGCGGGGAGAACAGGGCAUGGCUUGGGUGGCUGGGGUCCCUGAUGAUCUUCUUGGCCUUCCUGCGACACCUGCCGUUGAUUUGGGACGCAGCUGGAGGAUGGUGGCCUGGGUACCAGAGAGCCCUAUCUCUGCCCAAAAUCUGUCCACUUAAGCAAAUCCUUAAUUAUUAAGCAGGUGAGGAGUUUCUGAAUGGGGGGGAAAUGAGAGAGUGUAGAAUUUAGUCAAGAUAAAUAUGAAUUGCUAUUUUGAUACAUGAGGCUUGUUUAAUCUAAAAUAAGUUUUGUAAUGUUUAGGUUGUUACGAGUGUACUGAUAAAAGUGUGACGCACUUCUCUGUUGAAAUUCGAGACGGACUAUGCAUAUUCAUGAGGCUAGCAUAGCAUCUCACUCUCCAUUGAAUACAGGUGGUUGAUGUCAACACCCCUCAUCGAAUAUAUAAAAAAAAUUAUUCAAAUAACAAGAUGUAUCCACCAAUCCAAAGAGAAGAAUAGGCGGGAGUUGACAGCCCACCAUUCCACUCUGUGGACAACAAAUCCCAUUGUUAGGGUGGAGACAAGCAUCUCGUCAUUAUAUCCAUAUCUCUGGCUAUAUUCCACUCCUUAAAAGUGCUAGAGUUCCAAACUGGUACCCAGACUAGGAGGAUGGGGCUGGAAAAAUGUAACCACUCUCGAAUUCAUAGACCGAGCUAUGGAUGCAUGGACUGACCAUCUAUGAGACAAAAACAAUAGUUUUAACCAUGUUUUCUGUUUUGAGUCUACACAGUGUUUGUUUACAAACAAUGGAGUAAAAAAGCUUAUAAUUUGGAUUGUGAUGGGGUAUGACAGUUGAACUUAGCUCAGGAGGCAUUUAUAAGUUACAUUCUUCAAGAAUCAAUGGGUAUAUAUCACUAAUUUAACAGUCCGAAAUAGAUGUAGCAAUCACAGAUUGCCUCUUUAACGCCCCUCACACCUCUCUGAUUCAGAGGGGUUGGGUUAAAUGCAGAAGACACAUUCAGUUGAAUGCAUUCAGUUGUGCAACUGACUUGGUAUCCCCUUUCCUCUUUCCGUAACGCAUUAGCCAUUGCUCCGCUUCACAAAGUUUUUUUGUCCUUUGGUUGUGUUGUAGCUAUACCUGUUCUUGUUUAGCCCUGGCUAUGUGACCUCUCUGUUAUUCACUGUUCGUUAGCUAGAGCUAAUAGGGUUAGGGUUAUUGUUAUAUUACAGUGAACAGCAAUAUAGGUGAUCAUAAAUGGGCCAGGAGUAAAAGUAAGCUUUCAUAGCUUUACACAAAUUGUUUGGGGAAAAUAGAAGUGCUAUUACUCACUGCCUUUCACUCUUUUAGUGCCCAUUGCAUUCUCCCUCCCUUGACAGAUUUACCUGUGAACCCCCCCACUGUGAGCUCGCUCCAUGGCUGGCCUGGGCCGCGGCCGAGGUCGUGGCAAGGGGUACAUGAGCUUCAGUAUCGAGGCAGUCGGUAUUGGGAAAGGGGAGAACCUGCCCCCUUCAAUUCUCCAGCCUACACCUCUGUUCCCUGUGAGUAAGGGGUGAUGUGACUGACCCUGUAGCUGUCUCUCUUCAUUUUGGAUUCACCUAAUUGUUGUCAAAUAUUUGUUUUAUUUAGAGGCUAUUCUCUUUGUCGAAGCAACAUCCAGGGCUGACACAUUUUUUGUUUAAACGUGUUGAGGCCGUAGGAUAUGUGUUUGGUUGGGAGCAAAGAAGAGCAUGCUCUAUUGGGAAAGCAUGCAUUGAGCAUUUUCUUGUCGUUUUUAGGACUAGCCUAAUAUGUGUAAUGUUUUUUGUGCACAUGUAGCCCAUGGAACACAAGCCUGUCCCCUUGGUGAUGGGAGAGGAAGCAGAGUACAUGUUGGCACUGAAGCAGGAGUUCAGGGGAGCCAUGAAGAUCCUACCAUUUUAUGUCCUUCCAGCCGUCUCCAAGAAAGGUACCUAAGCCUGGGAAGACACGCUUCUGUGUGUUAGCGAUUAAAAUAGUAAUUACAGACAUACAAACCUAGCACAAAUUAGACAGUCAAUGUCUUGUCACUGUCAGCAGCUCCCAAUGGUGUUAUUUUAUUAAAAUUAAACAAGGUGAUACCAGGUUUAGUUGACAUGACCUAAAUCAGGGGUUGAAAUAUUGUUCAAUUAUUCAAUCAAGCAUUUAAUUAUGCUUCGAUAAGAACAUUUGGGAGCAGCAAACAAUGAGCAGACAUCCAAUCAAAUCCAGUUUUAUUUGUCACAUGCCGAAUACAACAGGUGUAGACCUUAACGUGAAAUGCUUACUUACAAGCCCUUAACCAACAAUGCAGUUCAAGAAAUAGAGUUAAGAAAAUAUUAGCUAAAUAAACUAAAGUAAAAAAUACAAUAAAAGUAACACUAAGAUUACAUAAUAAUAACGAGGCUAUAUACAGGGGGUACCGGUACCGAGUCAAUGUGCAGGGAUACAGGUUAGUCGAGGUAAUUUGUACAUGUAGGAAGGGGUAAAGUGACUAUGCAUAGAUAAUAAACAGUGAGUAGCAGCAGCAGUGUAAAAACAAAGGGGGGGGGGGGACAAUGUAAAUAGUCCAUGUGGCCAUUUGAUUAAUUGUUCAGCAGUCUUAUGGCUUGGGGGUAGAAGCUAUUAAGGAGCCUUUUGGACCUAGACUUGGUGCUCCGGUACCGCUUGCCGUGCAGUAGCAGAGAGAACAGUCUAUGUGGCAGGGCUUGAAAACUAUUACAGACUACAAAGGGAAGCACAGCCGCGAGCUGCCCAGUGACACAAGCCUACCAGACGAGCUAAACCACUUCUAUGCUCGCUUCGAGGCAAGCAACACUGAAGCAUGCAUGAGAGCACCAGCUGUUCCGGAUGACUAUGUGAUCACGCUCUCCGUAGCCGAUGUGAGUAAGACUUUUAAGCAGGUCAACAUUCACAAGGCCGCUGGGCCAGACGGAUUACCAGGACGUGUAUUCCGAGCAUGUGCUGACCAACUGGCAAGUGUCUUCACUGACAUUUUCAACAUGUCCCUGACUGAGUCUGUAAUACCAACAUGUUUCAAGCAGACCACCAUAGUCCCCGUGCCCAAGAACUCUAAGAUAACCUGCCUAAAUGACUACCGACCCGUAGCACUGACGUCUGUAGCCAUGAAGUGCUUUGAAAGACUGGUCAUGGCUCACAUCAACAGCAUAAUCCCAGAAACCCUAGACCCACUCCAAUUUGCAUACCGCCCCAACAGAUCCACAGAUGAUGCAAUCUCUAUCGCACUCCACACUGCCCUUUCCCACCUGGACAAGAGGAACACCUACGUGAGAAUGCUAUUCAUUGACUACAGCUCAGCAUUCAACACCAUAGUGCCCUCUAAGCUCAUCACUAAGCUAAGGAUCCUGGGACUAAACACCUCCCUCUGCAACUGGAUCCUGGACUUCCUGACGGGCCGCCCCCAGGUGGUAAGGGUAGGUAACAACACAUCUGCCACACUGAUCCUCAACACGGGGGCCCCUCAGGGGUGCGUGCUCAGUCCCCUCCUGUACUCUCUGUUCACCCAUGACUGCAUGGCCAGGCACGACUCCAACACCAUCAUUAAGUUUGCCGACGACACAACAGUGGUAGGCCUGAUCACCGACAACGAUGAGACAGCCUAUAGGGAGGAGGUCAGAGAUCUGGCCGUGUGGUGCCAGGACAACAACCUCUCCCUCAACGUGACCAAGACAAAGGAGAUGAUUGUGGACUACAGGAAAAAAAAGAGGACUGAGCACGCCCCCAUUCUCAUCGACGGGGCUGUAGUGGAACAGGUUGAGAGCUUCAAGUUCCUUGGUGUCCACAUCACCAACGAACUAUCAUGGUCCAAACACACCAAGACAGUCGUGAAGAGGGCACGACAAAGCCUAUUCCCCCUCAGGAGACUAAAAAGAUUUGGCAUGGGUCCUCAGAUCCUCAAAAAAUUCUACAGCUGCACCAUCGAGAGCAUCCUGACUGGUUGCAUCACCGCCUGGUAUGGCAACUGCUUGGCCUCUGACCGCAAGGCACUACAGAGGGUAGUGCGUACGGCCCAGUACAUCACUGGGGCAAAGCUCCCUGCCAUUCAGGACCUCUAUACCAGGCGGUGUCAGAGGAAGGCCCUCAAAAUUGUCAAAGACUCCAGCCACCCUAGUCAUAGACUGUUCUCUCUGCUACCGCACGGCAAGCGGUACCGGAGUGCCAAGUCUAGGUCCAAAAGACUUCUCAACAGCUUCUACCCCCAAGCCAUAAGACUCCUGAACAGCUAAUCAUGGCUACCCGGACUAUUUGCACUGCCCCCCCACCCCAUCCUUUUUACGCUGCUGCUACUCUGUUAAGUAUUUAUGCAUAGUCACUUUAACUCUACCCACAUGUACAUAUUACCUCAACUACCUCAACUAGCCGGUGCCCCCGCACAUUGACUCUGCAACGGUACCCCCCUGUAUAUAUAGCCUCCCUACUGUCACUUUAUUUUACUUCUGCUCUUUUUUUCUCAACACUUUUUUGUUGUUGUUUUAUUCUUACUUUUUUUGUUUAAAAUAAAUGCACUGUUGGUUAAGGGCUGUAAGUAAGCAUUUCACUGUAAUGUCUGCACCUGUUGUAUUCGGCGCAUGUGACCAAUCAAAUUUGAUUUGAUUUGAUUUGAUUUGACUUGGGAGUCUUUGACCAUUUUUUGGGCCUUCCUCUAACACCGCCAUGAUAAUACACAGAGGCUUUAUUUUCAAAGACAUGUUUGUUCUUGUACCAUGUUUAAGAAAUGAAUGAGCUUCUUGUCUGACUUCCAGAUGUGGAGCGGUAUUCUGAUAAAUACCAGAACAGUGAGCCGUUAGACAACACCAUUGAGUGGAAUCCAGGUGGGUCAGCUGCAUCAUACCUCCAGUUCAAAAAAUGUAACUGAAAGGAGAUAGAAACUACGGAACACGUAUCAGAAGGAGUGCAUUGUAUGAUCUGAUUACCAGCAUAACACUGUUAAACAGAGAUUAAUAGAAUCAAUGAUCUAAUCCUGAAGCAGCAUGAAAUCACUCGCCACACCGUCCCAGAGAUGUCAGCCACAAUGGAGUGUGAACAGUCCUGAUUGAAAUUGUCAGUUGACCCAAAGUGUGUCAAAUGGGAGAAAUUGAGCUGUUGCUCACAAUUAGGGUCUGCUGAAUAGAGGCUGAUUGGGAAAACAACAUGAGGUUUUAGUCCCUCAGCUUUACCGGAUGUGAACCAACAUUCCAUCAUUUUGACAAGGUCAUUGCUGUAUAAAAACAGUAUUGUAUCACCUGUGUGUCUGCUGAUUGAUUUUGUUUGAUUUGAAUUUUGUUUUAUAACGUCAGACUGGAAAAGGCUACCCAAAGAGCUUCGAAUCCGUGUCAAGAAGCCCCUAAAAGAGAGUAAGUGGAUGAUACAGUGUUGUUUUAUACCUCACAUUGACUGACUGGACAUUUCUGUGAGUUAUACAGAUUCACUAUGAAAGCCCACCCACCAUGUGAUCACAGAAAGCUAUUGUAAUAAUAAAAAAAUAAUAAAGAAUCCAUUCAUUUUGCAGUUCUGUUUAGUUUGUUUCCUGCAGGACUUGUUGACAUGUAUGUUGCUGGCGAAUGACCAGUCCCUUUCAUAGCAUAUUGCUCCCACAUGCUUUUUUCCGUCCUAUUGGCUGGGCAGAGUGCCGAAGAGAGAGGUGUCUUCAGAAGAACACUGUGUCUGACUGCUUGUGUCUCUAGAGACAUGAAUGCAUCAAUUUGCCCUUCUGCUUUGAACAGAAGGAUACGAUAAAGUCACUGCUGGUUACUGACAAUGACAAUACUGCCUGACUUAUACAGAAAUGAUCUGCCCUUUUCUAUUACGGGCUAAAUAUAGCUUUUGGUUGAAUGGCCUUUUAAAUGAAAGGAGAGGAGGGGGAAUAGAUAGAGGGAGUUGGUUUUCCCUAAUGAUUGACUUUUGUCCCUUUUCCUCUGUUACAGACACCUCUCUUAGUGUGGAGACACCAGUGGACCCCAAACCCAGCAAAAAGACCCGGGUGGACAAAGAGGAGAUCAUCCAUAAACUAGAGGUGGGAAUAGUAUGCACUCAGUCAGUACAUCAGACACAAACUCCAUAGUCUGCGUUCUAUUGACCUUUUUACCGCAUCUAUAGGCAUGUAACACUACUCAAUCUCAGCACACUAGAUGAAGGGAAAUGUUUCUUGCUCUUAAACCUCAAACUUAAUGUAAGCCUGGUGUAUUAUUUUACCAUCAAUGUUCUUUUUCUUUUAGUUUCUUUUGUAUUCAUUUGUGUCAUCUUUCAGACAUUGGAGAAGAAAGAGGAGGAAGUGACCUCAGAUGAAGAGGAAGGGGAGAAGAAGAAGCAGGCGGAAGAGCAGCAAGAUGGGGAGGAGGAGUAUGAUGAAGAGGAGUUUGAAGAGGUAAGCAUCUGUAGCCAAUGUUAAAUGGCUAGCUAGUAAGCGGUGUGUGCUUGUAGCGUUCAAUCGGUGACGUCACCCACUCUGAGAACUGAAGUAGUUGUUUCCAUUGCGCCGCAGUGACAGGUAACGAUGCUUCAUGGGUGACAGUUGUUGAUGCGUUCAGAUGGUCCCUGGUUCGAGCCCAGGUUAGGGCAAGGAGAGGGACGGCCGCAAAACUGUUACACAUCCAAGCUCUUUCUUACUUUUUUCAUCUGGUCCCAUUCCCCCCACAACCUCAGUGAGAGAAUAUCACUUUGACUUGAAUCCUUACUAGAGACAAUUUUCCCCAUACAUUUUCCAUUGACACCAAUGCAGAUUUAACAGAAAGUUAGCGUUGCAAACACAUUUCACAAGGUCGAAUGAGCUCAUACGUAGCUAUUUUUCCCUCUCUGAAUGUGUCCCCUCAGGAGACAGACUAUAUCAUGUCGUACUUUGACAAUGGAGAGGAGUUCGGAGGGGACAGUGAUGACAACAUGGAUGAGGCCAUUUACUGAUACUUUGAAAAACAACAAUGACAGAGCAUUGAGUAUGCCUAGGACCCAAGAGUCCUGGGAAAAUAUAUGUGAUACUCCAGAACUGAGAGACACUCCAAAGCUGAGAGAAUGUGCUGUUUUUCUUAGGUCCAUUUUCUUGUAUACAUGACCUGAAAUGAUCUUAACUCGACACAUGAAUCUUCAAAAUAACCCAGGAUCCAGUCAGUUCCUGACUUAACAAGAAUCUCAACAGAAGAAGCAGGUUGCACAGUUCAAACCUGCAAUAGUUUUAAAUGGCUCUUAAGUGUGGUGGUGUUAUGGAGAGAGAAGUAUGUCCUUCUUAAGCCAACAUUUUCUCCUAACACCAACCUUUCCCCAUCAUAGAGUCUGCACAAGUAUACUUUCUUAGAGGGUUUUUAUCCAUUUAUAGAAAUGCUAAAGAACUUUGAAGAUAUAAAAUGAAGGUUUAAGACACCCAUUUUAAUGUUAUGUUGUUGUUUUAUGUAGUUUGUAUGUAGUUUUAAAAAGUUAUGUUUUGUAAAACUUUUAUAUCCAUGUUAUAUCCCAAUCUUCUCUGCUAAGUUUGUUAUGAAAGAAGAUUUUACUUAACUCGAAAUUCUGAAACAAUAAAUGGCAGCUAAUUUGUAAACCAGGCAGUUUUAUUUUCUAUGCUACACAAACCGUUUUGGUACUAGAAGCUGUACUAGUUCACCAGAUGCUGCAUGAUAAUGCUUAUUUCACAACAAUAGGUGGCGUAGUGCUGAAGGUUGAAGCAGCACUCACAAAGUUAUCAGCAAAAUGCCAUGCUCAGUCAAUACACAUGUUUACAUAACAACUGAUCUUUUCUGACCUUGAUUUUAUAUUUUCUGACCGCUAUUUGCUG